AUGGCGUCCACCGACACGUUGCGCAAUCCUUGGGGCUUCAAUUUGAUUUCUGAGAGGGAUUGCAGAGACUAUCCUGAAACCGGUUGGUGUGCUUUUGGUCGGUCAUGCUGGAUGCGGCAUGUCUGUGUUUGCGAAGAUGAAUUUGUUGACUGCAUCGUCCUCUCGUGUUAUGAUGUUCGACUCCUCGAUGGAACCGAUGAGGUGAUAGAUGUGCAUUGGCCUGCUCACUACCCCAUACCGAAUUCCGGACAGCGGGCACUUUGCCGCCGAAACAUUCGGAGAAGGCGCUGGGAGGCGAAGGCCGUUGAAGCCAACUUGCCAACAGACGUCACCACACGGCGCAGUGGAUCUCUGUGUUUGGAUGGGAUUCGGAUCUUGUCAGCCGUUGAGGAUGGCGAAGCUGACCAGCCGCCGUCAAUCACACUUGCGAGAGGACAGUACGAGCCGCAUGAGUUCUACAUCCCGUCGGAAGACAUGUACAUCCGUGAUGAGAUCCCAAUGCCUGUCAUUUUGGAGUUUCGAAUUCCGAACAAGAAGCGGCCCCUUGAAAUGGGUCUCUUUGCAGUUGUGUUUCCGCCAAGCCAGGACAACUUGCUGUUCGUCAAUCAAGCAGACAAUGAAUAUGCUGUGCGUCCGGACUACCAGGAAGCCACGGCAAGACCUCUCAAAGCAUGGGAGAACUUGCAAAAGGAAUUGGAAGAAGUCGACUCUUGGCUGAAUCUUGAAGCUUUGAGAGAUGUACGUGGCGAGGCAAAACGGCUGGCAAUUGCUGGCCUUCAGCCACGCAGCACUGGAGCUUUCGAAGACUUUUGCCGCACCAUGUUGUUAGACUGCUUCACCCGCCUGGCAAACACUGCGACACACGAAGUUCUCAUUGAUCUAGACACAACUCAUGUUCAGGGAAGAAGGCGGUGGAUAUGGCAGGUGCUGCAUGCAGCCACGCGCAACUUCAAGAAAGAGCAGGACAACAAACAGAAUGCCGUCAAGGAUCUCGUCAGAAAGCAGCAGGAAGAUGCACGUGCUAGAGCUUCGGAGGCGGCACAGAGAUCUCUUAAAGAGAAGCGUGACAUGGCGGACAACUUUGGCAAAUGUGUAUGGGAUGACAUCACCAGCACAGCCAAAUCUAAAUGCUGCACAGGGCAAGCCUCCACAUCGAGGCUGAGGUGCCCCUUUUGCCGUCAGGUCUUUUGCGACCGAUGCCGGGGUCCUUGCAAGGAGACCGAGGAUGUGCACCCUCGGACAUCAGAUGCCAUGCUGAAGUGGACGCUUGCACAUGGUGUUCGUCGGUUACUCAGAUAUUGCGUAGAGCUCUUGGAGGGUGGGGGCCCGGUGUUGGGCAAGUGGCCGUGCGGCUCGUCUUUCGGAUUCUGGGAGCCUCCAGAUUGGCUAUGUUGGGAGGCUGGUCAGAUCUUCAGCUCCACAAAGGAUCUCAACGAGAUGCAUCCGCGACUUCCAAACUGGAUGCAUGGUGUACACUUAUUUCUGAAGUGCGAUGAAGCAAGCCUUGAUCCCCAACCGCUUCCUGAGCCGAAUCAAGAUGAAGGGCAGCCAGGUGUGGAGCAUCCAGGUGCAGAGGACGAGGCCGCGGCACAGCCAGAGACAGUGCAAGAAGAAGACCUGAAAGCGGAGCUGUGGGAGUGCCUGGCUGAAGCUCUCAAGAACGAGUAUCUUCUUGUGUGGAGCACUGCAGAAGACGAGCCAGAGUAUGUGCUGUGCCCAGAUCUCCGUGGCCUGGAGCAUCUUCUGAACAUGAAAUACGGUUUGAGGUGCAGUGCUGUGCAUGGCUCUGCGAAGAAGACUCUCGAGAAGGGAGUUUUGAAGGACUUCCCAACUGCGCCCGAGUUGCAUGCUGACCUGUUGGGUCUACCGCGGUCUGAUCUGAGAGCAAGCAAUAGGCCGGACCUUCAGGGACUCUACGACUUGUAUGUCUUGGAGAAGAUGCCCAAGGUGCCAGCUGCGGAGCGUGACGAUCUUCUUCGAAGGGAUUGGAGCAAGUUAGAAAACCAGCAAAAGGUCGAGGCCUAUGUCAUGUCGCAGCAUUACCAGCUGACGAUUGAGCCGGAUCAGCCAGCUGGGUCUCUUGCGGUCAAGCCCAAAGUCAAGAAUCAUUGGCCAGUGUCUUCAACCCCAGCAGAUCUCAGGGACAAUCAGCUUUCAUUUCGUGUGCAUUUCUGCGGGCCGGGCUGCCUCAAGGAAGACAAAGGCCUCCCACAUCGUUGGUUUGACGUGAAGCUAACCAUCUAUCAGGGCGCGGAAUACAAGUACUUGUCUGGCACCUCCAUCCAACACUGGGACCAUGAUCUUCUUCACAGCCGACGGGAGCAACAUUACGAUCAGGGGGAUGCAGGGAAGUGUCGAUGGGUGCAGAUGAUUCCGUCCAGGUUGGCACCCGAAAGGCCGCGUGAUAUUCAGGGGCGCGUACGUUACGAUAGUGCUCAGAAGCUUGCAGCAGCUUGGCGCAAGAUGUAUGAGAGAGUGGUGGACAGAGAGCGCAAUGCAAUCAUCCCGGGCAGUAUCGUAUUUGCUGACAUUGACCUCUCGCGCGUUGCUGCGUCGACGAUGAUCAAUGCUCUCCGCCAGUUCAUUCAUACUCGAUUUGGGGUCUACAUCUGUCCACGAGUGGCAUAUCCACGGCCGCAGAAGAUACAAUCGGAAGGAGACGAGGACGCUGAUGAGCAACCUGGGAAUAUCAGUGAGCAGGUGAUGGACCGUCAAGUUGCAGAUGUGGUUUCUGCCGUGGAAGAAUCAAUGGCCCACAGCGGCCUGGAUGUGGGCUGGGCCAGUACUCUCUCAGAGGUUCUGCGUGCUCUUGCUCCCUUUCCGAGCUGCUUGCGCAGAGUGCUUCGUGGCCACGGCUGGCACUUCCAGCGCAAUGCUUUCUUGCUACCGCCUGACCGACAGAAGCUCUUUGAAGACUUGCUCGGCGUCGUUGCCGAGGUCGCAGGAUCUGACGCACAAGUCCGCGGCGAAGCGAGCAUAGAAGAACCGAAUCAGGCGUCAUCGCGGCGCUUUCAGGACAGGCCAACCUCGCAGAGUGGAGUUGUCCAACAAGCAUUGUGCUUGUUCUAUUGCAAACACGCCAGAGAGCAACAGGUGGAUGGUCAGCAGAUUCGGGAUCCAGAUGUCCAGAUGAUCACAGAUGCACUAACAAGUGAUCCCACUGUGCUAGGACAAAGACUGCUGCAACUACUCAGAGUAUGGAACUUUAUGAUUCCUGAGCUCGGGGCAAAGGGCAGGUGCAAGCUUGCACGCGAAUUUCAUGGAUUCUGCCAUUUGGUGCGGAGCCAGGGCAGCAUCGUACUUGGUGGCACGCGGCGGGGCCCUGAACAUGUAUUGCUGUCAAGCCACCAGAGGAACGAGUUGGAUCUGCAUGGCUUGCACUGGGAGGAGUCAGAGGGCCAUCUGUCGUAG